AUGAAGACGCAACCUGUGAAAAAUGUGAUUCAACGUCCCCGAACGAAAAAACUGCUGGCCAAACUAAGAGAAUCAGGAGAAGCACAAAGUACACAGAACUUUGCAGUUGGGCAAUCAGUGGAGGAUUUUUGGAAUGAGAAGGAUCUGAAAGGGACCAACAGGCAACCUGGCAGGUAUAAUGGAGAGAUUCAACACUUUCAUGAGGAGAAUGGUGCUAUUUAUACCCUCUGUUUUAAAGAUAGAGCAGUUUACAGCCUGCAUGCAACUGGGGCUCUUGUGGAUGGGAUCAUUCAUUCAAUUCAGGCAGUAGUGAGGAGACAGGAAUUGAAAACUUUUAACAGCUACUCCAUUCAUUAUUUACAGUUAUACUACAUUUGCUAG